AUGAACAAAUUUCUUCUUCAUUUAUUCAGUUUACAACAUUUAUGUUUCAUCUUCAGAAUUACACCGAAACGUCCACUUCAAGAAGAUCGUAAAAGAAAUACAGAUCACGUAAAUAAUGAACCAGGAGGUAAACGUCGUUGGCAGGUGCAAAAUAAUGAACCAAAGACUGUGUUCAGUCGGCUAAGUGCAAGAGUACCUUCGAAUCCUGAUGAUUCUGGGGAUGAUGACGAUGGCAGUGUAAGACCAGCUGUAUCGUCUCGUGUUAUUGCCACACCUCGUGAAAUCCCAUCACGUCAGGAUGUUAUUAGACGUGAGAAUGUCGAUGAGAGAAGUAAACAGAGGAAUAAACGAAUGUUUGGAGCCCUUUUAGGGACUUUACAAAAAUUUAGACAGGAGGAAACUAAACUGAAAGCCAAGGAAGACAAAAAGGCUGAAGUUGAAGCAAGAGUGGAGGAGGCCAAACGACGUGAAAAGGAGGAAUUAAGACGUGAGAGGCAACAACUGUUUCUGUCACGUAAACGUCAAUUGGCUGAGGUGAAAGCAUUGGAAGCCAAGUUGGCACGUAGCAAGCAAUUCCAGGAGUGGCGCUCGUCACAACUACCUCUGGCCAAUUUCAUUCGCACAC